AUGGCGGACGCGAUCAACGAUCCCGCUGCCGCCGCGGCCUCGGCCUCCAUGGUCGUACCCACUGAGGAGGUCAAAGUGGAUCUGACAAAGCUCAACGCGUUGUCUCCCGAAGUCAUCUCAAAGCAGGCAACUAUUAACAUCGGUACCAUCGGUCAUGUCGCUCAUGGCAAAUCGUCCACUGUCCGAGCCAUCUCUGGUGUCCAGACUGUCCGAUUCAAGAAUGAAUUGGAAAGAAAUAUCACCAUCAAGCUUGGUUACGCCAACGCCAAGAUCUUCAAAUGCAACAACCCUGCGUGUCCCCCUCCGGGUAACUACAAAUCCUUCCCAUCAAGUAAAGAUUCCGACCCAAAAUGCGAGAGGCCAGGGUGUGGAGGUACCAUGGAGUUGCAACGGCAUGUCUCUUUCGUCGACUGUCCCGGACACGACAUUCUCAUGGCUACCAUGUUGACUGGCGCCGCCGUUAUGAACGGAGCUUUGCUUUUGAUCGCUGGAAACGAAUCUUGCCCACAACCUCAGACCGGAGAACAUCUGGCAGCGUUGGAAAUCAUCGGAGUUGAUCCGAAAAACAUUGUCAUCCUACAAAACAAGAUGGAUUUGGUCAGGCAGAGCGAAGCGAACGAGCACUAUGAGAGCAUAAAGAAAUUCGUGGAGGGUACCACUGCCCGACUCGCACCGAUCAUUCCCGUUUCUGCUCAGCUCAAAUUCAACAUCGAUGCUGUGGUCGAGGCCCUGUGCAAAGUCGCUCCGCCGAAUUACGAUUUUACGGCUGAUCCCCGUAUGGUCGUCAUUCGAUCAUUCGAUGUCAACAAGCCAGGAGCAGAGGUCGAUGAGCUCAAGGGAGGUGUAGCGGGAGGAAGUAUCCUGCAGGGAGUGUUCAAGGUCGGCAUGGAGGUCGAGAUUCGACCUGGGUUGAUCACUAGGGAUGCCAAUGGCGUGUGCACUUGCCGACCCCUGAGAUCACGGAUCGUUUCCCUUCUCGCCGAGCAAAACCAUCUUCAAUUCGCGGUCCCGGGAGGUCUGAUCGGAGUGGGAACAUUGGUUGACCCUGCUCUUUGUCGAGCGGAUCGUUUGUUGGGUAUGGUCAUGUCUGCAGUUGGGAAAGGACCCUCUAUAUAUACUGAGGUCAAGGCAGAGGUAUUCCUGCUUCGACGAUUGUUGGGAGUCAAAACGGACGAUAGCAAAAAAGCCAAAGUCACCAAAUUGGUCGUCGGGGAGAACUUGUUCGUCAACAUUGGUGCUUCCCAGACUGGAGGACGUAUCGUGGCUCUCAAGGGAGGAGACGUCACUAUCGCCUUGACCACCCCGGCAUGCACAGAGAAGGGCGAAAAGAUCGCCCUCAGUAGACGUAUCGACAAGCAUUGGCGUCUGAUCGGAUGGGGCAAGGUCAAGUCUGGUGGAGUCCUGGCUGAAGUCGUCGAGUAG